UUUUUGUUUGUUGUCUGUCAUGGCCGAUGCGCCCGAUGCGAGCGUAUUUACGGGCGGAUCGUGUCAGCGAGCGGCGGUGGUGGUCAGCGGUGGUGCGCGGUAGUGCGUCGUCGUCGUCGUCGUCGUCCUCCGUCGAGACAGUGUGGAGUUACGUGUGCCUAGCAGCGCGAGACAUGGGUGGCGAUAAUGGGCAGACGAGCGGGUGUCGAUACGGGGAUAAACGCUACCACUAGCGAGCUCGAGGUGCUCGUCCGGUCGGAGGGUGACGGGGAGGAGGAGCAGAAGGAGGACCAGGGGGAGGAAGAGGAGAAUAUAUGCGACGGGAGGCUCGCGACGACGAGGAUGGAGUCGCGGCACCCGCGCAGGAACCGUCUGCGCAGCGUCGUCGGGGUAUGUCUGUUCCUCGCGCUCACCGGGAUCGUCUACCUGGGCUACUUCUGCCCGGACCAUGUGUGCGCCCUGACGAGCCGCGAGAUGAAGGAGUCGAUCAGACUGUCCGAGGGCCUGUCCGUCGCCGCCGGGCCGCCCGCUGCCGCCGCCGCGCUAUCUUCCGUCUCCAUCGAGCUCGACAGGAACGGCCUGCUCUCGGUGCAUCCCGCCUUCAAGCUGCAGAGCAUCCAGGGUAGCCUGGGCUACGACGAUGUCUUUGCCAACGACACUUUUCAGUUUGACAUCAACGCUCACGACGUCAUGGUCUUCCUCCACAUACAAAAGACGGGUGGCACGCUGUUUGGCAAGCAUCUGGUGCGAGAUCUGGAGUUGCAGAGACCGUGUUCAUGUCAACGACGACGCAAGCGUUGCUUCUGUUUCCGUCCAAAUCGUAACGAAAAUUGGCUAUUCUCGCGCUACUCCACUGGUUGGAAGUGCGGGCUACACGCGGACUGGACCGAAUUGACAAAUUGUGUAGACACGGAGCUGAAUAAAAUCGAAGGGGAGGGCAUUAAACGCCGCUACUUUUACGUGACGAUCAUAAGGGACCCGGUCGCGAGGUACCUCUCCGAGUUCAGGCAUGUGCAGAGAGGUGCUACGUGGAGAGGUGCUCGUCACUGGUGCGGAGGUACUCAAGCGAAUAUACCCCAGUGCUACGAUGGCCCGAAUUGGAAAGGCGUCACCCUGGAGGAGUUUAUGGAAUGCCCUUACAAUUUGGCGAGAAACCGUCAAACGAGAAUGCUGGCGGAUCUAUCGAUGGUUGGCUGUUACAACUCUAGUCUCAGCAAAACUGAUAGAGACCGUCUAAUGUUGGCCAGUGCUAAACACAACUUACAAUUCAUGCCUUUCUUCAUGCUGACCGAGUAUCAGAAGGUGGGGCAGUACACCUUCGAGGAAACGUUCAAAAUGCGAUUUGCAGUUGCGUUCGAACAACAUAACGCCACACUUAGUGCAGCUACCAUGGCAACUCUCAACGCAGAACAAUUGGAGGCUGUACGUAAACUCAACAGUCUGGACCUAGAACUGUACGAAUUUGCAAAGAAUCUUGCUUUUCAAAGAUUUAAACGGCUUAGAGAUCGUGAUCCACAUUUUGUACAACGAUUUCAACACCUUGGUGAAUUGCCAUCAAGGCAAAGUGCCACAGAAUUUAAUUGGGAUUCUGUCAUUGAAGAUACUACGGAUAACGAAUGAUGUGUGAGUACAUUAUUAAGCAAUCCUCGACGCUCUGUAUUCGAUACCAAGCAUUAUGGAUCUGAGCGUCUCAGGGAAGUGCCCUUGAAACAGAAUACACUUUAUGUAAAAAUCACCAUAUACUUAUCUGCGUAAAAUUUACCAAAAGCAUAGAAAUGUACUUGGAUAAGACCAAAGAAAGGUUCGAGAACCUUAAUGUGAUGAACUUGACAGUAUCCUGACAACAGCUAAAUGCAUAAAAGUUAUUAUGCAAUAGUUGAUUUUUUCUAAGAUCAUCGGGACCGAGCAUUUUCUCUAUUUAAUGAUUUCCCCUCUCUAUACCCACUUUUAUAAUACUGUUUUAAUAACAGAUGCGCUUAAUCAGAAUGUCGUUGUGCACUGUGUCUUUCACUCGCUUUCUUGCUUUCUAACUCGGCCAUUUAGUAAAGCAUAAGAAUAUUAAGACAGCAGCACAAGAGACGAAUUCUAGUUUAAAGGACAAUAUAACAAGAUGUGACUUGGAAUAGAAGAAACUCUCGAAUAAAGGAUUUAUCUAUCAUGCUCGUAAAUUUGAUAAAAGUUCUUCCAUAUGUAACAUAUCUUUGAUUAUAAUUACAGAUAGUCGUAAAGUUGCUAAUUUUUUUACAUUUAUGACUAUGUCUGCAAAUUAUUGCCAUAUGCGCCAAAUGUUUUUUCUAACAUUACUUUGUAUAUACGUCUUUAUCAGUUUGUUAAUUCAUAUAUGUUUUUUUCUAUAAGAUAUUUGCUCUAUACAGAUAUUUGUUUUUAUUCAAUCUGUUCCAAUUUACAUAAACAGUGUUAGAAUACACUGUAAGCCAUAUGUUAAUCGAUGUAUACGUAUGUUUCCGAUGGGUAUGUUGGAAAAUGGAAGAAAAGAUGUCCAUUUUCGAUUGUUGCUUUGUACAUUGCUCGAGUGAUUAUUAACGGCCCUACAUUCGGUUAAUUUGUACAAUGUAUAAGGACUAGUAUAAGUGAAAGUGAAUCAAAGAAAUUAUUCCGGAAAAUCUUACCUUUAUCUAUGCCAGCAUCGAGGCAUUGGUCCAGUUGGAUAACGAGUCUGAUUUAAUCCUCAUAGAAGUCUGGCUGGUUUUACAAACUAUUCCAUUCUUUUUUUUAUGUUGUUCAUCUCUUUCUAGGUCUGCCUAUAUUUAUAUCGUCCUUUUCUGAGAUGCAAUGCCGAUUCUGAACAUCUUUCUUAGUGCUCAUGGUAAGAUAUACGUUCGGUUUGCCAUUGCCGUCCGAGAGGUGAUCGCAUAAAAACCGAAGAUUUUAAUCAAAUCUUCGGCUCAUUAGAUAUCCCUUUUUGCAAUCGCUACUGGAAGUUUGGAAAGUAAUAUAUUCCAUAUGCGAAAAUUACAAUUAAUCUCUUUGGCUUACUUUCAUUUGACUGGCCCUUAUAGAAUGUUAUACUGUUCAGUAAUUGUAAUAUUACUUUACUCUACAAAGUGUUCAACAUUUAGAUGAUUAGAUCGUAAAUCGGAAAUCCUCACAUACAUUUCUUUCAUAUCAAAUUAUUUAAAUCAUUUUAUCGCAGGCCUAUACAUAGUUUAAUUAAACAACAGUAUAAUUAAAUAAUCAUUAUUUGUAUGUUACAAUUAGUCAUGUUACUUUAACGUGAUUCGUACUGAAAACUACGUAUAUGCAAUGAAGGUGCAAUAAGGCGACUGCGAUGUGGGUUACCAUUAUAAAUAUUUCAUAUCAUCCAGCCAUAAAACAAAUAUGACGCUAGCUAUUAGAGUUAUGUAGCAAAUAAUAAUUAGGUAAUAAUAGAUGACAAAGGCUCUCUUCAGGAUGUAAUGAUGGUCUUUCGAAUGAAUACAAUACAUACGUAUCUAGUAAGUUAUAUAGGAAACAGAGUGCCAUAAAAAUCCUGUUUUUAAAAGAAAUUAACUGCUAAAAAUAAAUUGUUACGUUACAUUCAUUACAAUAAUAGAGAGACUUCAAUAUUAUGGCAAAUAAUAUAAGAUAAUUUAAAAAUUACAUUGUUUCAAUCGAAAUGACCUAUUUAUAAAGCAUAAAUAAUAGCAUAAUGUUAAGCGUGUGACAUUAUUGAUAUUAAUAAUUGUUUAGAACUAAUAUUAAGGACCAAAGAUUUGAUAUGUUUCAGCAAGUAUUGAGAAAGCUUGCAGCACAAACAAUUGUAAGAAACUUUUUAUACACAUCGUUAGAUAAAAAAAAGCUCAUUAUGUCAACGAUAAGCGCCAACAGUUACUUUAACAUUUGUCCUUUUAGCUAUCAUUUUCAUAUCACAAUUGAGGGCGUUUAUCUAACUGUGAUUGAUUCUUAUAUAUCGGAUAAAAAGGAAACGAUCUAUUGAAAAUAUUUGAUUAUAUUAUAUGCGGUAGCGCGCGGCUUAUUUUCGACUGUAGAGUUUUGAAUUUUAGAAUUUUGUAAGUCGGAUGUAUAUGCAUGAUCUCAGUACAUAUAUAUUUGAAAGAUGUAUUUCUUUAUAUACACAAUUGAAUCGUUCAAACGUUUGUACGACUGAUGAUGAUGUAAAAAGAAACGCAAGUUUUCGAUACGUUAGGAAGGUUGAAACAUUAGCUUUAAUGUUUAAUACGAUAUUUAUAGCGAGAGAAAGGAACUAUAAAAAGAGAUAGCUAACGAGAUGCCAUGACAUUAGCCUAACAAAGCGAACAAUAUAGGCCUAAAGCCGUUGGUACCUUAUUUAAGCCAGUGUAUAUAUCAUACCAUUAGUCAUUUAAGGUUCAAUAAAUCAUUAUGUAUACAAUGCAUACAUAUACAGACAUAUAUAUAUUACACAAAUUGUACACACAUAUUUAUGAUUACAUCUAUUAUUAUACAAUUAUACAAACAAAGGUAUAUAUAGUUAUUGUAAGAUAGACAUCGGAUUGGAGUAGAGCUAAAUUUAACCCAUUUGAACGAUUUUAACGUUGUAAACCUUUUAAUUUUAAUAAAUCUCUAAAGAAUUCUCUCAGUUA